CCGAACGAAAGAAAAGGUUGAAGCUGAUGCUGCCAUGAUCUGUAAAGAACAAGAAGUGCUCAAUCAAAUAAAGAUGGACAAUGACAAAGACAGAGAAAUGAUUUCCAAUGAACGGCAAAGACUGGAAGGAGAAUGGUCGCAGCUGAAAAUGAGAGAAAAGCAAAUCUUGAAUACAGAGAAGUCAACAGAAAAUCUGAAACUUAAACUUCUACGCCUCAAAGAACGAAUGGAUGAGGACAUUAAACAGAAGAUGGACAGAUUGCAACAAAACAGUGAACAUGUACUAAACUUGUCUGCUGUAUUGGAACUGAAGCUUCUCGGCUUCAAUGAACAGAAGGAAAGCAUGACUGGAAUCUCUGAAACAUUUGAGAGGCAGAGGGAAGUUCUAAAACGUUUCCUGUCAGAAACCAUCACACAGAGAGAAGACAUGGAAAGUCAAUGGAAGCUAAUGGUUGAUUCUGGAAAACAAGAUGUGGAGAAACUGAAGGAACAAAUGAAGAAGGAAAGACAGGAUCUCCAAAUGCUGAAAGACACCAUGAACACAGAGAAACAAGAGCUGGAGAACAUGAGAUCUGACAUCCAGAAACAAAAAGACUUGUUAGAACAAACAGAAAACGACAUAAAAAACCAAAGUGAUGAGCUGGAAAUCUCAAAGAGUGAGCUCCAAAUAAAGAUGAAAGCUGCAAACGAUCUGUUUGAUGAGAUAAAUCAAGAAAAAUCCAAACUUAGAGACUUGAGCUCCCAUGCCCAAUCCCAAAGACAAAGACUUGAGGAUGACAUGGAAAGAAGGAACCUUGACCAAAAGGAAAUAGAGAGAAAGAACGAAGACUUGCAAAGACAAACACAAGAACUAAAAUUGGGCAGGAAACAAAUCCAAGCAGAACCAGAAGACUUGGAGGCUCUGAUAAGGUCUACAAACCGAACAAAAGAAAAGGUUGAAGCUGAUGCUGGCAUGAUCUGUAAAGAACAAGAAGUGCUCAAUCAAAUAAAGAAUGACAAUGACAAAGACAGAGAAAUGCUUUCCAAUGAGCGGCAAAGACUGGAGGGAGAAUGGUCACAGCUGAAAAUGAGAGAAGAGCAAAUCUUGAAUACAGAGAAGUCAACAGAAAGUCUGAGACUUAAACUCCUACACCUCAAAGAACGAAUGGAUGAGGACAUUAAACAGAAGAUGGACAAAUUACAACAAAACAGUGAAGAUGUACUAGACUUGUCUGCUGUAUUGGAACUGAAGCUUCUCGGCUUCAAUGAACAGAAGGAAAGCAUGACUGGAUUCUCGGAGACAUUUGAGAGGCAGAAGGAAGUUCUCAAACGUAUCCUGUCAGAAACCAUCACACAAAGAGAAGACAUGGAAAGUCAAUGGAAGCUAAUGGUUGACUCUGGAAAACAAGAUGUGGAGAAACUGAAGGAACAAAUGAAGAAGGAAAGACAGUAUCUCGAAACGCUGAAAGACACCAUGAACACAGAGAAACAAGAGCCGGAAAACAUGAGAUCUGAUGUCCAGAAACAAAAAGACAUGUUAGAACAAGCAGAAAACGACAUAAAAAACCAAAUUGAUGAACUGGAGAUCUCAAAGAGUGAGCUCCAAAUCAAGAUGAAAGCUGUCAACGAUCUGUUUGAUGAGAUAAAUCAAGAAAAAUGCAAAUUGGUAGACUUGAGCUCCCAUGUCCAAUCCCAUAGACAAAGACUUGAGGAUGACAUGGAAAGAAGGAACCUUGUCCAAAAGGAAAUAGAGAGAAAGAACGAAGACUUGCAAAGACAAACACAAGAACUAAAAUUGGGCAGGAAUCAACUCCAAGCAGAACGAGAAGACUUGGAUGUUCUGAUGAGGUCUACAAACCUAAUGAAAGAAAAGGUCGAAGCUGAUGCUGGCAUGAUCUGUAAAGAACAAGAAGUGCUCAAUCAAAUAAAGAUGGACAAUGACAAAGACAGAGAAAUGCUUUCCAAUGAGCGGCAAAGAUUGGAGGUAGAAUGGUCACAGCUGAAAAUGAGAGAAGAGCAAAUCUUGAAUACAGAGAAGUCAACAGAAAAUCUGAGACUUAAACUUCUAUGCCUCAAAGAACGAAUGGAUGAGGACGUUAAACAGAAAAUGGACAGAUUGCAACAAAACAGUAAAGAUGUACUAGACUUGUCUGCUGUAUUGGAACUGAAGCUUCUCGGCUUCAAUGAACAGAAGGAAAACAUGACUGAAAUAUCUGAAACAUUUGAGAGGCAAAAGGAAGUUCUCAAACGUCUCCUGUCAGAAACCAUCAUACAAAGAGAAGACAUGGAAAGUCAAUGGAAGCAAAUGGUUGACUCUGGAAAACAAGAUGUGGAGAAACUGAAGGAACAAAUGAACAAUGAAAGACAGGAUCUCCAAAUGCUGAGAGAGUCCAUGAACACAGAGCAACAAGAGCUGGAGAACAUGAGAUAUGACAUCCAGAAACAAAAAGACAUGUUAGAACAAACAGAAAACGACAUAAAAAACCAAAGUGAUGAACUGGAAAUCUCAAAGAGUGAGCUCCAAAUAAAGAGGAAAGCUGCAAACGACCUGUUUGAUGAGAUAAAUCAAGAAAAAUCCAAACUGGGAGACUUGAGCUCCCAUGACCAAUCCCAAGGACAAAGACUUGAAGAUGACCUGGAAAAAAGGAACCUUGUCCAAAAGGAAAUAGAUAAAAAGAACGAAGACUUGCAAAGACAAACACAAGAAGUAGAAUUGGGCAGGAAACAAAUCCCGUCAGAACCAGAAGAUUUGGAGGUUCUGAUGAGGUCUACAAACCGAAUGAAAGAAAAGGUUGAAGCUGAUGCUGCCAUGAUCUGUAAAGAACAAGAAGUGCUCAAUCAGAUAAAGAUGGACAAUGACAAAGACAGAGAAAUGCUUUCCAAUGAGCGGCAAAGACUGGAGGGAGAAUGGUCACAGCUGAAAAUAAGAGAAGAACAAAUCUUGAAUACAGAGAUGUCAACAGAAAGUCUGAGACUUAAACUUCUACACCUCAAAGAACGAUUGGAUGAGGACAUUAAACAGAAAAUGGACAAAUUACAACAAAACAGUGAAGAUGUACUAAACUUGUCUGCUGUAUUGGAACUGAAGCUUCUGGGCUUCAAUGAACAGAAGGAAAACAUGACUGGAUUCUCUGAGACAUUUGAGAGGCAAAAGGAAGUUCUCAAACGUCUCCUGUCAGAAACCAUCACACAGAGAGACAACAUGGAAAGUCAAUGGAAGCUAAUGUUUGACUCUGGAAAACAAGAUGUGGAGAAAUUGAAGGAACAAAUGAACAAGGAAAGACAGGAUCUCCAAAUGCUGAGAGAGUCCAUGAACACAGAGCAACAAGAGCUGGAGAACAUGAGAUAUGACAUCCAGAAACAAAAAGACAUGUUAGAACAAACAGAAAACGACAUAAAAAACCAAAGUGAUGAACUGGAAAUCUCAAAGAGUGAGCUCCAAAUAAAGAGGAAAGCUGCCGACGAGCUGUUUGAUGAGAUAAAUCAAGAAAAAUCCAAACUGGGAAACUUAAGCUCCCAUGUCCAUUCUCAAAGCCAAAGACUCAAGGAUGACAUGGAAAGAAGGAACCUCGACCAAAAAGAAAUAGAGAGAAAGAACGAAGACUUGCAAAGACAAACACAAGAAGUAGAAUUGGGCAGGAAACAAAUCCAAGCAGAACCAGAAGACUUGGAGGCUCUGAUAAGGUCUACAAACCGAACAAAAGAAAAGGUUGAAGCUGAUGCUGCCAUGAUCUGUAAAGAACAAGAAGUGCUCAAUCAAAUAAAGAUGGACAAUGACAAAGACAGAGAAAUGCUUUCCAAUGAGCGGCAAAGACUGGACGGAGAAUGGUCACAGCUGAAAAUGAGAGAAGAGCAAAUCUUGAAUAAAGAAAAGUCAACAGAAAAUCUGAAACUUAAACUUCUACGCCUCAAAGAACGAAUGGAUGAGGACGUUAAACAGAAAAUGGACAGAUUACAACUAAAUAGUGAAGAUGUACUAAACUUGUCUACUGGAUUGGAACUAAAGCUUCUCGGCUUCAAUGAACAGAAGGAAAGCAUGACUGGGAUCUCUGAGACAUUUGAGAGGCAGAAGGAAGUUCUCAAAGGUCUUCUUUCAGAAACCAUUACACAGAGAGAAAACAUGGAAAGUCAAUGGAAGCUAAUGUUUGACUCUGGAAAACAAGAUGUGGAGAAACUGAAGGAACAAAUGAACAAUGAAAGACAGGAUCUCCAAAUGCUGAGAGAUUCCAUGAACACAGAGAAACAAGAGCUGGAAAACAUGAGAUCUGACAUCCAGAAACAAAAAGACACGUUAGAACAAACAGAGAACGAUAUAAAAAACCAAAGUGAUGAGCUGCAGAUCUUAAAGAGUGAGCUCCACAUCAAGAUGAAAUGUCUUCGGUCAGAAACCAUCACACAGACAGUAUACAUGGAGUCAUCGUACAACAAGGAAGUACAAACUGAACAGUAUGAUUACCAUCUAAACAAAGAGGAAAUUAAUCAGUUUGGCAUGUUUAAAUUUGACACAGAUGUUCCCCAGUCUGUUAACGUCUUCAAAAUACACCAUGUUGAUCUUGAGCUGAAUUCCCAGGAAGAUCAGGAUCAUUCUGAAACGAAAAGAUACGUGGCAUCUGAGAGCAUAGGUUCUUUACCAGAAAAUGAAGGCUGGGACAUUUUUCAGAUGAAGAAACAUGCAACAUUGCUCACAUCAUCAGUAGAGGAAGAUGGUUUUGAGAAUGACAAAAAAGAUAAUCUGCGAAAGAUCUGGAAGGACACCAGAAUGGAACGUAAGGAGAUCAAUCAGAUGAAACGCAGGGGCCAGGAGAUGAGUAACAACUUAGAGAAAAGAUUGAAUGUCAUCAAUCAAUUUGUUAAGACUGCAUUGUUACCAAAAGAUAAGACACCAAUAGAGAAGCUAACAUGGAUAAAAGAACAAAGCAGACAAACAACUCGACAUAAGUGGGAUAAUGACAGCAAAUCUCUCCAUCAGAAAUAUUCUGAGGUGCAACAGCUGAAGGGCUGCAUCCUCAGUGACAUCGAGGUUCUCCACCUCAAAGAAAAAGUUUCAAAGGCAACAGGCGAAAAAGCUAACCAGACAACUCAUCUGGACAUAAUCACAUUUGGUGUGACAGCGAAGCUAGCACAGCAGGCUUCAACCCAAACCAUGGAAGAGCAAAUGAGAGUGGAGGAAACUAAUACAGCUCCAGAGACUUCUGCUGGACACCCACGUCAACUACGUCAUUACUGGUGCUGCUGCGAUGGUACCUGCCAAGAACAGGUUUGCUCCAGGAUCAAGAAAGAAACUGAAUCAACUCCGGUGACAUCUCCUAACCUUAACACUAACCCCAACACUCCAGCACCUCUACCAUAACCGCUGGUGCUGAACCUACCAAGAACAGGUGUGCCAUAAGGGACAUUUAGAUACAGGUAGUUUUUGCUUUAUACUUUGAAACUGGAGGACUUUUGGAACAUGUGUGUUUGCAGAUAUAAAGCUUUAGCUUUUAUGGUUGGGAAACAAGAUCUAAUUGUGCAUCUGAACUAUAUAAUGGGUGCGAGCUUCAUUUUCAGACUGCUAACGAUCUACAGUGUAAUUUACUUUCACAGUAAUAGCCUUGAUCUUCAAUGCCUUUACGUUUACUUUUAUUCAUAAAUAUUUUGAUGCCAUAUUUUAACUACUUAUUUAAUAUAUUGUUAAUAUUUCUUUCUUUUUGGUUUAAAUUUUAAAUCAUGCUUUUUAUUUAUGUUUUAAUGUCUUUGUAAAGCACUUUGAAUCACCUUGUUGUUGAAUUGUGCUAUAGAAAUAAACUUGCCUUUUUGUUCAAGUUAUGUGGGAAGCUUUAAUUUAGUUUAGUCAAAGCUAAGCUCUGAUUAUUAUGUGGCAGAAAAGCUCUGCAUUUAGUUAUGUUUUGAAAAAUAUGUUGAAUAAAUUCUACGUCAAUGAAAAUACAUUUACAAUCCAUUGCAUUUAUUUCAAUGUAGCACAAGCUUCUUGUUCUUAUUGUUGAACUGUCUACUCUUGGC